GAGCAAGGUCACACUAAAGUUUUGGCGUUGGCUUAAAAAAAACACCUAGGAAAAUUGAUUUUUCGCUCAAACGGAAAGCAACACCUUUGACUUCAAUUACAUUUCUCGGAAUCGAGCUCCGACUGGCGGAUUUAUAGAGACAAAGAAAAGUCAAGAUGACAGCAUCACAGGUUGACCAGAAACGUGCUCUCAACAAGUUGAAGCACGACUUGGAGCCCUUCCGGACAGCCAUCGUGGGAGCGUACGGCGUGCUCACUUGGGAGAAGCAAUACUACGCAGGAGUGGUCUUCGGCGUCAUCAGUGUCCUGUACUUGGUGCUCUGGUACCUGGACCUUUCGCUGAUCACCCUGCUGUCGCUCCUUGGACUGAUCAGCAUCCUACUGGACUAUGUGUUCCCCACAGUGUCGCGCUUGCUCUUCGGCAGCGUCAACUGGGACGGUGACCAGGAGGCCAAGUUCGAAGACGUUUGCGGCCAGGUCUGUGCCGUUAAGGGAAAUUUUGUGCUCUGGUAUGAGUACCUUUUCAAGGAGCGGAAGUCCACAGUGUUCGUGAUCAUCUUCAGCCUGGGACUCUUGGCUCUCGCCUGGAUUGGAGCUAUUAUCAACAAUCUUCUGCUGAUGUAUUUUGUAACCCUGCUCAUGGCCAUGUGGCCGGGGCUGCAGGACAAGGAUGUCUUCAAGGCCGUUACCCAGAAGGCCUCGAAGAUCAUUAACGAGAAAAUCCAAUGCGGCAAGAGGAAGCUGCAGUAAAGGGAAUCUCUUCACAGGAACAGCAAGAUAAACUCAUCACCAUUUGACCAAAAAUAUUUAACAAGCCUAAGUCAUCUACUUGCCAUCAUGCACACAUCGCAACUGUCACUAAAUACACCCUCGAUCAUUGAUCUUCAACUAAUGAAUAUCAUAAAAGAUAAGUGAAUCAGCAUAUUGAAAGUAUUCUCAACGGAUAACUAGCAAAUCCCGUCGUGGUCUUCGCCCCAUCACAUCUACUAUAAGUUUGUAACAUGUAAGAGCGAAGAAACUCAAAGCGAGGCGUACGGAGAGAGAAAAAGAACGCGCAACAAAAGACAAGACAUUUUUGUGAUUAUUUUGUGAGUUAAUUGAAAUUUAUGAUAAUCCCGAGUAAGAUACAAAAGAACUUAAGCUUCUCAUGAACUAUAUUUAAAUAAACAUUUCAAUUGAAUAGAUCAAA